AUGACACGUACUCAGACAGGCAACGGCGCUUCAGCCACAAAUGGCGUGGCCACCGCCCACGGCCCGACCCGCUGGGACAGCACCCAGCCCUACACCUUCCCGAACGUUACAAUGGGCACGCGCAAGCGGGUCAGAGUGAUUACCAUCGGCGGAGGGGCUAGUGCCAUCAACCUCGCCUUUCAGUUCAAGACGCACAUGCGCGAACUCGAACAUGUCGCGUACGAGCGUAACCCCGAACUGGGGGGAACGUGGCUUGAGAAUAGAUACCCCGGAUGCGCAUGCGACGUACCGUCCCACUCGUACCAGUUCUCCUGGGCGCCAUGGAGCGGAUGGAAGUCGUUCUACUCCUCUUCGGAGCAGAUCUACGAAUACAUGAAUAUGGUCGUUGACCAAUUCGACCUACGGGGUGACUUUAGGACCAACCACGAAGUCAUCUCGGCGCACUGGGACGAUGGAAAGGCUCAGUGGGUCGUGCGCGUACGCGGACCCGAGGGGGAGUUUGAGGACCGCGCCGAGUUCCUGAUUAACGGGAGCGGCGUGCUCAAUAAGUGGAAGUGGCCGGACAUUGAGGGCCUUGACUCGUUCAAGGGACAUCUCGUCCACUCUGCCCGCUGGGAUGAUUCUUACGAUUUCAAGAACAAGAAAAUGGCCAUCAUCGGUGUCGGCUCUACGGCUGUACAGAUCGUGCCCGUGCUCCAGAAAGUCGUUGGGAACAUGAAAUGCUUCAUCCGCUCACCGGCAUGGAUCACGCCCUCGUAUGCGGCACAGUAUGCCGGCCCCGGCGGCGCCAACUUUGACUACACCCCCGAACAGAAGGCUGAGUUUGAUGCCGACCCUACAGCCUGGCUAGAGUACCGCAAGGGUAUCGAGAGCAGUAUCAAUUGCCGGUACCAGAUCGUGACCAAGGGCACAGACCAAGCUGCAGAGGCCAAAGUGGCCAGCGCGGCCGAUAUGCGCGCGAAGCUCGCAGCCAAGCCGGAGAUAGCCGACCUCCUCAUUCCUGAUUUCAUGGUCGGAUGCCGCCGUCCCACUCCAGGUAACGGGUUCCUCGAGGCGCUGGUUGCGGACAAUGUCGAUGUCGUCAGCGACCGCAUAGUACGCGUCGAGGAGACGGGUAUUGUCACAACUGAGGGGUUACAUCAAGUCGAUGCGAUUGUGUGCGCGACAGGCUUUGAUGUGAGCCUCAAGCCCAGAUUUCCCUUCAUCGGGCGCAACGGUGCAGACCUGGCUAAGCGGUGGGCCACAACGCCCGAGGCGUACAUGGGCAUCAUGGUUGACGACCACCCGAACUACUUCAUUUCGCUGGGCCCCUCCUCGCCGGUUGCGCACGGAUCCAUCCUACCGUGCAUGGAGAAGAUGGCGCACUACAUUAUGAAAAUCAUCGUCAAGAUGCAAGUCGAGCCCAUCCGCGCCAUUUCGCCCAGCAAAAACGCGGUGGAAGAGUUCAACCAACAUCGCAACUCGCAACUCGCCACAACGGCGUGGAGCGACUCGUGCAGUUCAUGGUUCAAGAAUGGUACCGUUGAUGGACCUGUCGUGGCUGUCCAUCCAGGAAGCAGGUUGCACUUUUUCGAAAUGAUCGCCGAGCCACGGUACGAGGACAUGGAUAUCGAGUACAGCAACAACCGGUUUGCGUAUCUCGGUAAUGGAAAUACAAGGCGCGAGGUUGAGGGAAGGGAUCUGGCGUGGUAUCUCGAGUCUCCGCUGGACGUGGUGCUCCCGUAUGCCGACUAG